AUGCUGGUAACCUAUUUGGAAGCCAGCCGGGACCUUUGCGAGACGGACUCAGUUCUUUUUGGCGCCGCAGUGGCAGCUUGCCGUAUUAUUGGCGCCAGACUUCCCAUGGCUGGACGCGCUACUAAACAAAGUAGCGCCAUCCCAGCCUGGAGAAAAAGAAUUGAGGACCGUAUCGCAAAGGCAAGGGCCCUUAUCGGCAGACUGAUAAGCUUCAGGUCGGGUAAUAAUAGACCGAGGGUUGUGCGCACCGUUAGAAUGGCGUUUGCUGGGACAAAUAUCAGUUUGUCCCAGCCGGAUAUCACGCAGAAACUAACGGAGCGCAUAGACGACCUGAAGCAAAAGAUUGCCGCUUGGGGGAAGCGGAUUCGCCGAUUUACCGAGAGGUCAAGGCGGUUCAACCAGAAUCGUCUCUUCCAGAGUGAUCAGAAGAGGCUCUACAAAUCAUUGGAGCGACCAGAGGUAUGUGGAGCGGGCCCAGGACCGGACCAGGCUAACACUGUCGCAUUUUGGCGUGGCCUGUGGUCAGAGCCCGUAAACCACAGCGAGGGCCCUUGGACGGAAGUUGUGGCGAGUCAGUGUGCGAGGAUUACGCCCAUGGACCCCGUCAUCAUAACGCCGGAUGACGUAGCUGAGGCGGUCCGUAGAGCCCCGAACUGGAAAAGUCCGGGACUCGACGGACUGCAUCACUACUGGCUGAAGGGGUUCAUGGUGUGUCACGCUGUGCUCGCCCGUCAGUUUCAAGAGGCUCUCAACCAGAAGUCGCUCCCUAGCCUCUUCACUACUGGGAUCACUCAUUUGGUUCCUAAAGACCAGAAUGCUCGCUAUGAUCCUCUAGCCUUCCCCCUGCUACGAAAUUGUACUCUAGUGCCAUAA